CUCCGUGAAAUAUCACCACCCAAUCUCUCCCAAGAACUUUCCCAACAUGAUGCACAUCAAGUACUUGUUCGCCUUCUUCGCUGUCCUGAUGCUGGUUGUCCUGGGAGCCAACGAGGCCGACGCCGACUGUCUUUCCAGAAGGUACAAGGGUCCUUGUAGGAUCAACGACAGCGACAACUGUCGUCGAGUCUGCAAGGAGGAAGGACGAGCCGAUGGCCACUGCAGCCCCAGCUUGAAGUGCUGGUGCGUAGGAUGCUAAAGCAUCAGAGCUCGCUAAUAUCAAUUUAAAAUCUGCAUGUUAUUAUUUCUCCCACUAUGAUUAUCUAAUAAAAAUUAAUGUACAGUAAA